AUGAUCGUGAGUUUGUACGUAGACGACAUCAUCAUCACCGGUAACAACACUCAGCUCAUUGAAAAAUUCAAGGAAGACAUGAAGUUGGAGUUUGAGAUGACAGAUUUGGGGUUGCUGAAUUACUUUCUUGGAAUGGAAGUAAUUCAAGAUGAUCAUGGGAUUUUUCUUUCACAAGAAAAAUAUGCUUGCAAGCUUCUUGAGAAGUUUGGUAUGAAAAAUUGCAAGAGUGUGAGCACUCCACUUACACCACACGGCAAUAACCAUGAGAAUGAUGAAGAAUAUGAUGAAGCGACAAAGUACCGCAGUAUCAUUGGUGGCUUGCUUUAUCUGUGUGCAUCAAGGCCAGAUUUAAUGUUUGCAAGUUCUUAUCUCUCACGUUACAUGGCUGCACCUCUUACAAAGCACUAUGAAGAAGCCAAGAGAGUUUUAAGAUAUGUCAAAGGUACAUCUCAUUUUGGAGUUCAGUUUACAAGCGUCAACAAUCCGGAGUUAUACGGUUACUCAGAUAGCGACUGGGGAGGCUCAAAUGAAGACAAAAAGAGCACAUCUGAGUAUGUUUUCACUCUUGGAUCUGCAGUAUUUUGUUGGCAAUCAAGCAAGCAACAAACAGUGGCUCAAUCAACUGCGGAAGCGGAGUAUAUCGCAGUGUGUGCAGCAGCAAAUCAAGAUAUUUGGUUACAAAGGCUUUUGGGAGAAAUUGGCUUAGAUUCUCAAGAUGGUGUUUUAAUUUUCUGCGACAACAAGUCUGCAAUUGUAAUUGGAAGAAAUCCAGUGCAACACCGAAGAACUAAACACAUUGAGAUCAAGUAUCAUUUUGUGAGAGAGGCAGAACAAAAAGGUCUUAUUCAACUCAAGUAUUGUGAAGGAGAAGUUCAACUUGCAGACCUCCUUACGAAAGGACUUGGCGUCUCAAGGUUUGAAGAGCUAGAAAACUUGGAGUGA